AGCUGCAGCAAGAGAAACCGUGUGAGGGGAAGAGGCCUGUUUCGCUCCCGGGUCUCUAGUUCUUGCACGCUCUUUAAGAGUCUGCAUUAGAGGAACUCUGCCAUUACCAGCUCCCUUCUUGCAGAAGGGAGGGGGAAACAUACAUUUAUUCAUGCCAGUCUGUUGCACGAAGGCUUUUUGGCUUCCUACCUUGCAACAAAAUAAUUGCACAAACUCCUUAGUGCCGAUUCCGCCCACAGAGAGUCCUGGAGCCAGAGUCUUUUUUGCUUUGCAUUGUAGGAAAGGGACUAAGUGAUAGAGACUAUGUCGCUUUCCUGAGCUCCUGAGAGAGCGCUCGUGAACUGGAACCAACUGCUUCAGGGGAAGAAAAAAAAAAAAAAAAAAAAAAAAAGACUUGCCUGGGAGGCGGCGAGAAACUUGCACUGGAAGCUUCAGCAACCAACAUUCAAGAAACUCCUCUCCACUUUAGCACGGUCUCCAGACUCAGAGCCGAGAGACAGAGCAAACUGCGGCGCGGUGAGAGAGAGAGAGAAAGCGAGAGCCAGAAGGAGAGGGAGGGAGAGACUCUCCAGCCUGGGAACUAUAACUCCUCUGCAAGAGGCAGACUACUCCUUCCCCGCAUCUUUGGGAGACUUUUCUCUCUUCGCCCAACGCCGCCCCGGCGAGGAGUGGAGGGGCCCGCACGGCCGCCGCGCGCGUUCUCCCGCUCGGCGUGUGCUUGGCCCGGGGAGCCGGGAGGGCCCGGCGAUCGCGCCGCGGCCGCCGCGAGGGUGUGAGCGCGCGUGGGCGCCCGCCGAGCCGGGGCCAUGGUGCAGCAAACCAACAACGCCGAGAACACGGAAGCGCUGCUGGCGGGCGAGAGCUCGGACUCGGGCGCCGGCCUCGAGCUGGGCAUCGCCUCCUCCCCCACGCCCGGCUCCACCGCCUCCACGGGCGGCAAGGCCGACGACCCGAGCUGGUGCAAGACGCCGAGCGGGCACAUCAAGCGACCCAUGAACGCCUUCAUGGUGUGGUCGCAGAUCGAGCGGCGCAAGAUCAUGGAGCAGUCGCCCGACAUGCACAACGCCGAGAUCUCCAAGCGGCUGGGCAAACGCUGGAAGCUGCUCAAAGACAGCGACAAGAUCCCUUUCAUUCGGGAGGCGGAGCGGCUGCGCCUCAAGCACAUGGCUGACUACCCCGACUACAAGUACCGGCCCAGGAAGAAGGUGAAGUCCGGCAACGCCACAUCCAGCGCCUCGGCCGCCGCCUCCUCCAAGCCGGGGGAGAAGGGAGACAAGGUCGGUGGCGGGGGCGGCCACGGGGGCGGCGGCGGCGGGAGCGGCAACGCGGGGGGAGGAGGCGGCGGCGCGAGCGGCGGCGGCGCCAACUCCAAACCCGCGCAGAAAAAGAGCUGCGGCUCCAAAGUGGCGGGCGGCGCGGGCGGCGGGGUCAGCAAGCCGCACGCCAAGCUCAUCCUGGCGGGCGGCGGCGGCGGCGGCGGCGGGAAGGCGGCGGCCGCGGGCGCCUCCUCCUCCUUCGCGGCCGAGCAGGCGGGGGCCGCUGCCCUGCUGCCCCUGGGCGCCGCCGCGGCCGCCGCCGACCACCACUCGCUGUACAAGGCGCGGACUCCCAGCGCGGCCGCCUCGGCCUCCGCGGCCGCCUCCGCCGCGCCGGGCCUGGCGGCCCCGGGCAAGCACCUGGCCGACAAGAAGGUGAAGCGCGUCUACCUGUUCGGAGGCCUGGGCGCGUCCUCGUCGCCCGCGGGCGGCGUGGGCGCGGGCGCCGACCCCAGCGACCCUCUGGGCCUGUACGAGGAGGGGGGCGCGGGCUGCUCGCCCGACGGGCCGAGCCUGAGCGGCCGCAGCAGCGCCGCGUCGUCGCCGGCCGCCGGCCGCUCGCCCGCCGACCACCGCAGCUACGCCAGCCUGCGCGCCGCCUCGCCCGCCCCGUCCAGCGCGCCGUCGCACGCGUCCUCGUCGGCCUCGUCCCACUCGUCGUCGUCCUCGUCGUCGGGCUCCUCGUCCUCCGACGACGAGUUCGAAGACGACCUGCUCGACCUGAACCCCAGCUCAAACUUUGAGAGCAUGUCCCUGGGCAGCUUCAGCUCGUCGUCGGCGCUGGACCGGGACCUGGAUUUUAACUUCGAGCCCGGCUCCGGCUCGCACUUCGAGUUCCCGGACUACUGCACGCCCGAGGUGAGCGAGAUGAUCUCGGGAGACUGGCUGGAGUCCAGCAUCUCCAACCUGGUCUUCACCUACUGAGAGGGGGGCGCGCGCGCGCGGGCCGGGAGCAGAGGGCCGGGUU